AUGUAUAUGUAUAUGUAUGUAUAUAUAACUAUAUUCCUUAAUGCUGCCAGUUUGCGUAAUGAACGCACCAACCCUAGGUAGCCAUCGUUACAGCAAGACCAAACACUACGACGUCAUGGCAGGUCGAGACGGAGCUAACUGUGUGUUAGUGUAAACUUUUCUUUUUCCUUCGGUUCUCACACCACUUUCUUGCCCACAAAUUGUUUCCAAAAAUGUCUCCUGUUCAGAGAGCAGUUUUUGGGAGCACUCAAGAGAGGAAACUCUUUCCCGUCAAUUUUGCACCCGACCGGCUGGGAACCCAAAUGUCACGAGAGGAAGCGCCGCACAUCGGUCCUGGAUGUUAUGACAACGAUAAGUUUGGCACCAUAGUCUAUGACUUACAGAAGACACCGGGGAGUAAGAAAGGAUAUGGUCUCUCUGCGAGGACUGCAGCACGCUUUCCGCCCUGUAGCACAAAGACAGCGACCCCUUCCCCACAGCAGUACCAGCAGGAUCAAAGCCGGUCCAGAAUCCCUCCCUCAGGCAAAACACCUUUCAACUCAACCACACAGAGGUUCAAAAGCACGUCAUGUACAGUUGAGGACAGCCCAGGGCCUGGGGCCUACGCUCACGAUACAGUGACAAACAGGAAAGUAAGCUGGCCGAUGUGCUUCGGGACCCCAGACUGGCCCAGACUCCCUCAGAUGGAAAAGAAGUCAGUCAAGGGGAAGCUGAACAGUGAAAAGGCAUUCCUGAAGCACAGAAGCAGAGUGGCCUACAUGAGUUUGUACUAUUAACUCUAAAGCUGAUGGAUGUAAACCCAUUGUGACAGUGACGUAAGAUGUUGCCUUAGUCAUCAUUUUGACCUGUGCCUUUAAUGUCAAUUUACUGGACUGAUAC